GUGCAUGUAAGUGUGGGUCAUUACCUUCUACAAGCCCGAUAGAUAAGCUGUGUGUGUGGGAGACAGUUAACCUGAUAUUCGGUGUGUUCAGUGACUCUCAGUCAUCACCUAGUUUUUGUUUCUGCCAUGCUGAGACUUUUAAAUGUGACAUCAGAGGAGAAGGCAGGGCCGAGCCAGAGAAAAUUACAACAUCAGCCUCCCUCUUUCUGGGUACGGACCACCCUCCACUGUUCUCUCCCUCGGUGGACGGUGUUUGCCUGUGCCAUAGCUGAGUGCAGACCUUCAUUCUCAAUGAGAGCAGCACAUAGGGGGAGACUGGGAGUGAGAGGAGGAGAAUGGAGAGCAUGAACCCACAUAGGAACCACAACUGAGACGCCUAGGCUGGGUCUUACCUGCACAUCCCGGACCAUUGACUAAACUCACUCACUGACACAGAUCUGUAGUUUGGUGCUAAAGGGAGGAAGAACCAUGGGACCUGGAACAUGGAGUCUAUUUGCGCUGCUUGGUCUGGCCCUCUGGAGCAACUCCCAUGCCCUCACCAAUAACCCCAUUCUCUCUCGGACACGGAGGGCACCAGUGGCCAACGGGGAAACCAAGAAAUGCUCUUACACCUUCCUGGUCCCCGAGCAGAAGAUCACAGGCCCCAUCUGUGCUGCUCGGGGUUAUUCCACUGACAAGGACCGAGUGACGCGCUUGGACGUGGCUGCAGUGCGCGACCUUCUGUCCAAGCAGCGUGGGGAGAUGGAGACUUUGAAGCUGGUGGUCGACGUGGACGGCAACUUGGUGAAUGAGAUGAAGCUAUUGAGGAAGGAGAGCAGGAACAUGAACUCGAGGGUGACCCAACUCUACAUGCAGCUGCUGCAUGAGAUCAUCAGGAAGAGGGACAACUCACUGGAGCUGGCACAGCUGGAGACACGCAUCCUCAACGCCACCUCUGAGUCCCUACGUCUGGCCUCCAGGUACAGGGAACUGGAGACCAAAUACUCAGCCCUGUCGGCAGUGGUGAACAACCAGUCGGUGCUGAUUGGAGCACUGGAGGAGCAGUGUAUGCAAGUGUACAGCCGCAGGCAUGAGCACCCACCAAUGGGACCUCCACUAGUGCAGGUGGUGCCUGAAAACAUUCCUGUCAAUGUGCCACGUUUCACCAAUGAGAUCCAGAGGGACCACAAUCAAAGGUUUGUGCGGGAGAGGGGCUCCCGCUCUGGGCCAUCGCCCACAGGUGAUACCCUGGAAGUCCAGACUCCUCCCGAGAGGAACUUCAGUACAGAAGGUAUAGGCCCAUUUAGAGACUGUUUGGAGGCACAGGAAGCCGGCCACAGCACCAGCGGCAUGUACCUGAUCCGACCAGACGAAGCAGAGCGGCCACUGCAGGUCUGGUGCGAACAGGACAUAGACAACGGGGGCUGGACCGUGAUCCAGACCAGGAGGGACGGCUCUGUCAACUUCUUCAGGAACUGGGAGAGCUACAAGAGCGGCUUUGGCAACAUAGACGGGGAGUACUGGCUCGGCCUGGAAGGCAUCUACAAUCUGGGGAGGCAGGGGGACUACAAGCUGCUGGUGGAGCUGGAGGACUGGAUGGGCAAAAAGGUCUACGCUCAGUACAGCAGCUUCCACCUGGAGCCGCAGAGCGAGGACUACCGCCUGCGGCUGGGCACCUACCAGGGCAACGCCGGGGACUCGCUCAGCAGCCACAACGGCAAACAGUUCACUACACUGGAUCGAGACAAGGAUGCUUUCACAGGUAACUGUGCCCAUUUCCACAAAGGCGGCUGGUGGUACAACGCCUGCGGCCAGGCAAACCUUAACGGGGUUUGGUACAAUGGAGGCGUCUACCGCAGCAAGUUCCAGGACGGGAUCUUCUGGGCCGACUAUGGGGGAGGCUUCUACUCCAUGAAAACUGUCCGCUUGAUGAUCAGGCCUAUAGACUGAGGCUGGGCCGGUCCACGGGCAUCUGUGGAGGUCAAGGCACACUUCUGACUGUGUGUCAUCGGUAACUGGUUGAUCCAAGUUAAAAAAGAAUUGCAUCAUUGGAGUUUGACCAUCGGUAGUGACUUGAAAAGCCCCCUGUCUUUAAAACAGACUCUGCUUGAACAUUUUCCUCUCUGUAUAACAUCAAAUAGAAGCACACAUAGAGGAAUUUAUGGGACAUAAUUAUUUAUAAUAAGCCAUACAACUAUUUUUCCCACCAAAUACGUAUGAUAGUUGGGGGAAAUAGAUAAUAAAGGUCUACAUUUUGAAGUUUUAUAAUCCAAGCUGCUUUAUGAUUAAGAAACCACAGUGUUUUCCUCAUUACCGGGUCGCCCCGUGGGGAGGAGGCGCCACAUCCUCACACAACUUCACCGGUGUUGAUUUCAUUCAUAAGCUUUCACAGGAUCUACAUGCAUCUCUUCCUACCUCGCCAAGUUCAACGUCAGGGGGAAACUCUCCCUCACUGAACUUUUGCUGUUCUUGCUGUUCUAACCCUAACCUGGAAAAUACAUUUUGUUAAGAACUAUUUAGAUUUAUUUAGACUCUGUAUCCAAUUCCAAAUUUAAAAAGACCAACAUCUUCAGAAGCUGGAGAAUGGAAAGAGGUUUAAAUCCAUGUUUUUAUUUUAUUUUUACUCCUUACACAUAAUAUAUUCUUUACAAUGAAUGUUAAAGUACUUUGCCCAAGUCCACAUGACCUGAAACUAUAAUUUAUGUGUGCAAUAAACUUAUCAAAACAGUGAAAAAGGGGACAGGUAUCCUGUGGGAGCAGAGAAUGUUCCUGCAGAAAAUAGAGCUAAUUUCCUCCUCUGUAUAUGUGACAAUUAUUCUCAAAGAGUGCUCGCAAAUUGCUCUUAAUGUUUUUCUCAUUAGGGCCAUUGAUUCAAUUUCAGCAUGACUCUGGGAAAAACAAGCAACGUUGAAAGAAAGAUUGCUAGAGAAAGGAGAAGGAAUUAUAUUUGGUUUUGAGUGGUUUUGGAGCAGGACAAAUAUGCCGACCAAGCGUGCUGAGUUAUAGGCAUUGGGACAGACAACGAGAAACACAUUGCCUAGAGCCAGACAGGAUGGAGAGAGAG